AUGAGCAAGAAGGAAGCGAAGCGGCUCGAGAAGAAGCGGCAGCGCUCCGAGAAGAAGGCUGCGCUCGUCGCCGACGGAAGCUGGACGAACCCUCGGAAGCGGCGAGGUCAGCGCGAGUUCCACUGCGAGAUGCGGGACGACAUCGAGGCCAUGGCGGCCGAGACGAGCACGACGACGACGACCGACGGCUACCGCCACGUCGCGCCAUAUAUGCACACGUUCCAGGUGCACGUCAAGGCGCGCUGGUUCGGCAAGACGCUUUUAGACCUCUUCCUCUCCGAGUUUGGCGGCUUUGACGUGUCGUACUACACGCAGGCCAUCGAGACAGGCAAGAUCACCGUCAACGGCGCCAUCGCAACGACGACAACGUUGGUCCGGGACGGCGACUACCUCGAGCACAGCAUGCACCGCCACGAGCCGCGUGUCCGUUCCUUUCGCGCCAGCAUGAUCGAGUACGAAGACAACGACAUGGUUGUCGUCAACAAGCCAAGCACGAUUCCCGUGCACCCGUGCGGUGCGUACCGCCACAACUCGAUGACGUUUAUUUUGGCGAUCGACCAUCAGCGCCACCCGCUGUAUCCCGUGCAUCGCCUCGACCGCCUCACGUCCGGCUUGCUCGUCCUCGCCAAGUCGCCCGAGAAAGCACAGACCAUGUCGGAGCAGCUCGUGGACCGAAGCAUGCAAAAGUUCUACGUGGCCAAAGUCGCCGGUCGCUUCCCGACGCCCGAACGUGACGCAGCGUCGUCCGUGUUUCCUGUGGGAGCCUCUCGCGUAGAUUCUGGCGUUGUCACGAUCGCUGACGACCGAUUGACGCCGUACUGGAAGGUGGAUGCGCCGCUCAAGCGCAUCUCGGAGAGUGAGAACCGGCAUGGGUGCGCGCUGGACGGCAAGGCGAGCCAAACCCUCAUCCGCGUCCUGCAAGCCUCCGACGAGUUCAGCGUCAUCGAGUGUCUCCCGCUCACGGGUCGCCAGCACCAGAUCCGCGUGCAUCUGCAGUUGCUCGGGUUCCCCAUCGCCAACGACCCGACGUACGGCCCGUCGUCGUUUCUGGCGUCCAUUCCCGUCAAGCGGCCACUGCCGACGGCGCCGGUGCUCCACGACGAGCUGUGCCCGACAUGCCGCGACGGCGAGGCCGCCUCGUUCAACUGGGAGCAGCUCGAAUGCCAAGGCUUGUGGCUUCACGCGUACCGCUACAAGGGCGACACGUUCGAUGUGCGCGUGGCGUUGCCGGAUUGGGCCCCUGUCGUCUAG